CCUCCUUCCCCUAACUACAGACACUCCGCGUUAAUCCUGAGUGACAGAUUACAGGAAUCUGAAGUUUCCCUUUAAUUUCUGCACACACGCUCACGUGAGUUCGUCUGUGUGGCGUGGGAGCGCGCGCUCGCUCGGUAACGGCGGUACUGUCCCUUUAAGAAAGUGACAGCGGCAGGCAUCGGAGGAGCUGGUCAGGAACUGCUCAGGACCGCUGUGGAGGAAUCCCAGAACUUUCCCAACAAAAGUGAAGAGCCCCGCGGUCCGGUCCGGAUCGGGUCCGGCGUCCUGCUGGUGGUAGAGAAGUUCUGCCCCGUCACCGCUGCGUCUCCCGGGGGAGGAACCGACGCUCAGGUCCGCGCGGAAAACGCGCAUCUUUGAGGAGAAAAAGUUUCGGUUCGAUGUUGGCCAGCCGCAUCCUCCCUCCAAACUCCAGCUAAAGCUAACGGGAGCUAGCAUCUCGCUACGGUAGCAUCAGAAGUUUGUUUACGAACCGACUAGUCUCAGUUCUGUAGUUUAGUUUAAAAAAAUCAAACCAGAUUCUAGUUUGUCCGGAAAAAGUUUUUAAAUAGUUUAAUAGUUGGUUUCGCUCAUAACCGGGCCGGGUCAGCAGAAUCAAGCUAGCUGUUUGGAGCCAGGCGGCUAACUCCAGAAAGUUUCUCAAGAAGGCCGCAGUGAAGGUUCGGAGGAUCUCCCGCACACCGAGGACCCGCACAUGUUCCCGGAGGAGCAGCAUGGGAGCCUGCGGAGCCUGAAGCUGUGAGGACGUUCUCCUGCUGGACCUCCUCCUCUCCUGCCUCCCUCUGCCCGGAGCACCUGUUAUGACUCCGGAGCCUCUCCUCUGUCCCGCCGGCCUGCGUUUUGGAUGAAGAUGAAGGUGACGGUGACCUUCGGACAGACGGGUGUGGUGGUUCCUUGUAAGGAGGGAUGGACCGUGAGGGACCUGAUCCAACAAGCCACGCAGAGGUACCGGAAGCUGCUGGAACAGGAAGGAGAUGUUCUGGUCCGGACCCACCAUGUUGAAUACUGUGAUGGAGGGAUCCUGGACCCUGAUGAUAUUCUUAGUGAUCUGGUGGAUGACCGGGACAAGCUGAUGGCGGUGUAUGAGGAGCAGGAAGCCCAGCAGACGGCUGUGGCUAACUCCAGGUUGACCCCGAGCCCCGACCUCCACCAAGCAGAGCUCUCGGUCUUCCAUUCAGCCGCCGGAGGAGAGAUUGAAGUCAACUCCUCGGCUCUUAAAUCUGGGACCCCCCUGCUGGUGAGGAGCAGCAGUGACUCGGCUCUCACCCCUCAAACAGAAGCUGAGGGUUCCUUCAGUGAAGAAGCUUCAGUGAAGACGGCCGGCCCAUCCGUGGAGAAGCCCGGAGGCGCUGAUGGGGCCAAACACUCCUUCAACGGCAGCCUGACCAGAACGGUGGAGGUCCUGGGAGAUGACAGUCCUCUGGGGAUCCACGUGGUUCCAUACUGCUCCUCGCUCAGCGGACGGUUCCUGGGCCUUUAUAUCCGCGGCGUGGAGGAGAACAGCCGCUCCAGAAAAGAAGGUCUGCUUGAAGAGGACGAGUGCAUCGUCAGAAUCAACAACACUGACCUGAUGGACAAAACCUUCAGCCAAGCUCAGGACGCCUUCCGUCAGGCCAUGCGCUCCCAAGUCAUCUUUCUGGAAGUGGUGCCCCCCUCCAGCAAAGAUCGAUAUGAGAGGAGUCUGAUCGGUCAGCUGUCUCUGACCAGCUCCGGUCCUGCCAAGGCCAAAGACCCCCCACCGCCCGUCAAGGCCAAGCCCGCCUUUAAGCCCCCCGAGAAUCUGACCUCACGGCAAACGGAGGAACCCAACACUCCUGAACCCGCACGUCCUGAACGCUUCAUGUUUCCCGUCCAGACCCCUAAAGGAAGAAGCGAGAGCCCCCUUCUGAGGAUGAGCCCCGCCUUCUCCAGCAUGGUGGCCAAUAAGAGAGGAGGACGGAGACUGAGGAUCGACUUAACCAAAGGUCCGGAGGGUCUUGGAUUCACCGUGGUAACCAGAGAUUCUUCGGUGCACGGUCCGGGUCCGAUCCUGGUCAAGAACAUUCUGCCCCGCGGAGCUGCAGUCAAAGACGGGCGCCUUCAGUCCGGAGACCGGAUCCUGGAGGUGAACGGCGUGGACAUCACAGGCGUGGGCCAGGAGGAGCUGGUGUGCAUGUUACGCAGCACACGCCAGGGGGAGACGGUGUCGCUGGGCGUGUUACGGCAGGAGGACGGCUUCCUGCCCAGAGAGAUGAAGGAGGAGGCGCCCCGCGUGGCGGGGGUCGUCCUGGAGAACGGGAAGGAGCAGCUGAUGUUCGAGAUCCCGCUGAACGACAGCGGCUCGGCGGGGCUCGGCGUCAGCCUCAAGGGGAACAAGUCCCGGGAGACCAGGGAGGAUCUGGGGAUCUUCAUCAAGUCCAUCAUCCAUGGAGGAGCGGCGUACAAGGACGGCCGUCUGAGGAUCAACGACCAGCUCGUGGCGGUCAACGGAGAGUCGCUGCUGGGACGCUCCAACCACGCCGCCAUGGAGACGCUGCGGAGGUCCAUGUCACAGGAGGGGAACGUCAGAGGAACCAUCCAGCUGGUGGUGCUGAGGAUCCCCCAGGACCAGCACCAGCCGUCGCCCAACCGCUCCUUCGACAGCUCCUCGGGUCUGUUUGGGUCCAUCAGUCCAGCUAAAGGUCUGACAGGAAUGGUCAGUCCCAUCACAGACUCCGCCCCCUCUGCUCUGGUGACCAACGCCAUCUAUGCUUCUACCAUGGCCAACGGGGGCUUCUCUUUCCUCAUGGAUGGGGAGGAGGAGGGGGGGCCGCUCGCUCAUGAUUUUGACAGCCAGCCCCCCUACCUGCAGGACAGGAAAGGUUCUUCCACCUCCGGCUCAGCCCAGCCACAGUCACCCGGCCAGAACCAGAACCAGCAGCAGUUCCACCACGUCAAAGCCUCCAAGAGCAUGGACCUGGGUACGAGUCAGAGCCAGCGUCCCAUUGUGGAAGACGAGAGCAACGUGGGAUCUCUGAGUGGAACCGUGUCCGUUCCUCCUGCUCCUGUAGAACUUGGGCCUACUCUUGGCCUAAAGAAGUCCAGCUCCUUGGAGAGUCUGCAGACCGCCAUUUUAGAGGUCAACAGGAAGAAUGAGCUCCUCCCAUUCCACCGGCCGCGCCCAAAUAUGGUCAGAGGAAGAGGCUGCAACGAGAGCUUCAGAGCGGCCAUCGAUAAAUCCUACGACGGCCCAGCUGAGGAUGACGAUGAGGACGGCUCAGACGUGAGCUCCGGCCGGGAAACGCCUGCCAGCAGCUCCUCACGCCAGGGUGCCGGUGACCUCGCCGACGACAGGGGCAAGAAGGACAAGAAGAAGGCGCCUAAAAACAACAAGAAGAAGGAGAAGAGCAAACCCAAAGCCAAGGAGAAGAAGAAGCCAGAGGAGCUCGAUGAAACUGAGAAGAAGGGCAAGAAAACGGUCUUCGGCCUGCUGAGAUUUGGGAAGAAAAAGGAGGAGAAGAAGGAGGCCAAGGCGGCUCUGCAGCGGCAAAAGUCGGACUUGAUGAGCGACCACGAGCUGGAGAGGAUGAAGGAGGAGCGAGAGAGGAUCGAGGCGUCCCACCCGGAGCUGCAGCAGGGCGGCGCCGGAGCGUCCUCCUUUCCGGACUUUGAGGACGACGAGGCCGACCCCAACUACGCCCGGAUCCAGACCUUCAGAGACCAGCAGAGCAGCCCGCUGCCGCAGCCGCCUCAGGCACCGCGCUAUGCCGUGGCUCCGCCCCCUCCAGCCCAAAGGCCCUCCCCUCAGAGCCCAGCCAACUUCCCGGGAGGUCAGGAGGCGGGCGUCGUCCCCGACAACGAGCAAGUGGACCGGCUGUACGCCAAAGUCAACAAGCAGAGAGGCGCCGGGACGGCGUCCCCCACCGCCGCCGACAGCAGCACCGACCGGAUCCAGCAGCUGAGGAGGGAGUACCAGCAGGCCAGGCGAGAGGGGGCGGCGCCGCCGUACGAGGAGGCGGACCCACGAGUCAGAGCACAUGAAAACAGGAUUCCAGGCAGAGGCCCCGACCCCCGCGUCGCCCCCCGCUAUGAGGAGGUGGAGCGUCAGUACGCCUCCUUACCCAGGCGGGGGCCGUUGGAUCCUGCAGAGUACCCCAUGCAGCCGUGGUCGGGCCUUUAUCCUGGACCCCCCCAGGCCCAGCAGGGGUACCCCCAGUCUCCCAUGUACCCCGAUUCCAACGCCCAGUCUGUCCCAGCAUACUCCAGCUUCAAGCCCGGCCCCCCGUACCCGCGGCCCGUGGACCCUGGAUACUACCCUAACCCGGGCCCCCAGCAGAGGGGGCCCCUGCGGCAGGACGUGCCCCCGUCCCCCACCCCUCCACUCCGUGUGCCCCGCUACGACACCAUGACGCGUGGAACCGUAGGCGGGGCUUACAGGUAGGACUCCUGAGGAGGAGAACUCCAGGAGGAGAGACGCAGACCACCAGAACAACCUAAACCUGAAGAACUGCAGCUGAGGAGACCAAGCAGGUCCAGAGGAGAACCUCCUCCACCUGAGCUGCUCCUCCAGACUCCAGCGGACAGCUUCUCCUCAUGAUCGGUGGUCUGACGCGGCGCUCUGAGGACGCUUUAACCAGCUGAUGAUGGAUCAUUGUCAGGUCACUGAUGAGGCCGUGAUGACCCAAACCCGGUCCAUCAGAACCAAACGAGACCGCCACAGCAGAAGCUUCUGUUCUGGUCUGAUUAUAGUGAAAACGUAUAAAUAUGAAGAAUCACUGCAGCUAAACUCACGUUUUAUGAUUAACACUUCAAAUGUUUUUAUAUCCAAACCAAAAACUUUCAUCUGGAAACCUUUAAAGGAGGUGAUCCACUUUGACCUUCAUGUUCCUGCUGUGGAAAGACAUUAACCUGCAGGUGGAAGAACCAGAACCUCCUGAAGGUUUUCAUUUUAGCCUCACGUUUCUCUGCAGCUUAAUCUGAUAUUUUAACCUCUUAACUCAAACUUUGAAGAGUAAAAAUCUGAAUCUUGGCAUCAAGUUGCUCAUAUUCAGUGUUUCAGACGUCUGAUCAGUAUUUCCUAACGUGCACGUCUCUCUGCUUUAAGCCUGGAGUGGACAUUUAGCAGCUGGAGGUUUUGUCAGAACUUGAAGUUCUCCUGAUCGUUUCUGAUCAUGGGUUUUUGGUUCUGGUUCUCCUUCAUCUCAGUCCCACCAAACUCUGAAGGAGCUUCAGGUUUCUCUGGUUUAGCGGCUCUCUGAUCUCCAGAUGAAGUAGAUGAAAUGUUCUGAAGGGAGGUCCGGUCCGCUUCAGCGUUCUGAUCCGAGGAUUCGUUCCCCCUUCUCCUCUUUCAGCUCUUUAGUUCUUCUUCUCUAAAUGUGGUCGUAAUUGUCUUUAUCAUCUCAAACUCUGAUCAUGAAGUUUCGUCUAAAGCAGGAGUUUGAUUUAACCAGAAGAUCAUAGAUAUUUUUCCACCAGAGUUUAGAUUUGUAGUGAGUUUAGUGAAGGACAGGAAUGUGGCGUGAAGGAAGACGAUCAGUGAAAGUGCAGAAAAAACAGAGGAUUUUAUGGAUGAUGUUUGAGAGAACUGAAGGAAGUUUUGUUCUGUUGGAGAUUCUUUAGAGUAGAACGACACCGACUGAAUGUAGAGAUCUGAACCAACGAGCAUCAGUGGAUUUUCCUUCUCAAGCAUGAAGUUUCAUCAGAGAAUGUUCCAGAAACUCAGACGUUCUCUUGUAAAGACGAUGAAUCCGUCGGAUCUCCACGUCUGAAGCUGAAACGAUGACGUUUGGACAUUUGGAUCUUCUGAUUUUCUACUCAUUUCACAUGUUGAUGAACUCCUCACAAGCCUGUUUGGUUCUGGUUCUGGUUCAGAGCUGCUGUGGUUCUGCAGGAACCUCUUUGGACUGUGAAGCUGCAGCUGACGGUACGCUCAAGAGUUCUUCUCUAAAUGAAGGAAUCUUCUUUCCCUAGAAAUGUUCUGUAUGAAAUCUCCUUUUUAUCAUGUUCUAAUGAAUGUUUACCAGCAUCUUAGAUCGACUUUUACACCUUUUUCAAUAAAAGAAGUCCUUUCAAAA